AUGCCCGUUUAUGAAGUCUUUUAUUGUGAGCUGUGCAAGGCCGACGUCCCUCUGGACGGGACCACCGAAAAGAAACAUCGCCGCAUAUUCCAUCAAGCUCAGGUCUCAGCCAAGUUCCCGGACGACGUGCAGGCCUUGCUUUUCAAUCGCAACGAAGCGGGCGUUUUCUCGUGCACUCGCUGUGCAUUCAUCCAUCCCAACGCUCAAACCUUCGGGGACCACGUGCGUCGUCCUGGAAGAUGCCCGGCCCGUCUCAGCGACAACGGGGCAAUCGCUGACACAGAUGCCCUGCGUUCUGCGCACUUCAGCAUGACUGAGCAUGCAGUCGAAGUGUCUGCCACCCCUCCGUCUCCAUUCACACCUGGUCAAACGGUCGGGGACACGCGGUCUCCCUCGACGACAUCAACCUCUACAAACGAAGCUGUGUCAACCGAUCCGCCAGAGGGUUUGUCUAUCCCUCCAUGCACUCCGCCGCCAGGCGAGCCACCCAUUCCGCACAGUCAGCCACCCUUGAAAACAUCGCUUGGCGUGGUGCUCGGCGCGGACACGAUCACCGAAGAUGCUGAGCACGAUCUUGCUCGCUUCAAUCUCGUAAUCAAUACUGCGUUCAGGCUAGUCAUAUGCCUGUCAUGCGGCAAAGCCGUGUCUCCGCAUCGCUUGGGCAGACACCUCGUGGAGCACUGGACGGGAAUAAAUGUCCCUAAAAACCUGGGCGCGGAGCUACAGCUCAAAUACGACCUCAUCGAGCCGGCCGAUUGGAUCCAUCCCACCUCACUCACAAGUCCUAUCUAUGGGCUCUCUGUUUCGCCGCAGGAACUGCACUUUUGUGGACACUGCUAUCACGGCUUUGCGACGGAAGCGCUCAGGGUCAAUCACCAGUACCGCCCCCAGUGUGGUCUAGCCCCUGGCGCUGCGAAAACCUCAUUCCGGGCGCUGGGGCAGUCCGUUGGCUUUAACGCCCGUGGUUUCUUCCCUGUUGACUCAUCACUGCUUGUUCCACGUGUCACACCUGAACCCUCGCGGAUCUUUACGGCGCUUCCGCGACCCGACUACGCCCAACUGCCCAUCUCCAAGCCACACAAUGCCAACGACUUGGACCUGCUAUUCAAGAACGAAGAAUUUUACUCCCUCGUUGAGCACCUCACGCCGGCACAAUUGAACGAGACCAUAUCCAUUCCCACGAAGACACCCGCGCAGCGCUUACUCCGACAACGAAUGGACAGCGCAUGUAAGGCAUACUGUGUGCGCAUUCAUCACACAGUAAAACAGUCGUCUUCUGCCCUGCUCAAGUUGAUGGCGCAGCUCACUGCAGAUUCGUCCCGCGAAGAAUUGCGGCCGCUGGAGCUCAAGAGUGUUGAUGAGUACGCCCUGGCCCUUUCGCGCCUGCUGACGACUAUGUUGCGGUGUGCCAACAACGAUCCCCUCCCUCUGGAAUUCCCACUCAGCGCAAAUCAACGAGUAGCGCUGGCGGCGUUGGGCAACGUCCUCACUCAAGACGCGCCCCCUGCCGAAUCCGCGUCUGAUGGUGCUGUCCAUCAGGCUGCAUUUGUGAUGUUUGCUCACCACAAGGCUCACGGCGGCCUUGAUCACUGGGUACUCCCUGUCAACCGCUACCUCGUCGCGUCGUGUAUGGGCAAGACUACCUGGCUCAGGGCCAACGACAUCACCCGGACCUGUGCCAAGUUACAGUGGAUCAAUCGGGGCGUAAUGUUGCGUGAGAUGCACAUCCAGAUGCCGGCGCAGAAAUUGAGCUCGGAGGAGGCGUAUGGACUCGUUCGUCGCUAUGUUACGGCCAACUCGGACACGCCAUGCGCUUUCAUCUACGACAUACACCACACUGUCAAGAAGAUUCGUGAUGAAUACAACGACGCAGACGUCCAAAUGGAAAACGAGGCAAACACUCAGCUCAUCUUCAAUGGCAAUCGCAUCCACCUGCACCAAUUCCGCCACCUGCUUCAGAAGCUAGACGCGCAGUACCGCCGGAUUCUCGAGGAAGAUGUCUUCUUUAGGAAGGGCAUCCCAACCUCUUGCUUCCCUCCCUUCGAGAUCGAGACGCUCACAGACCGGCCGCAAAACUUUGCCCCGGGCUUUUGUUUCCUCGACAUUCCGACAAACGGCUUCGAGGCGUGGGGGGAGCUGUACCCGCAAUGGCUCAUGUCUCACGACGACCUGGCCGAUCGCUUCACGUACGUCGUGGGAGAAUGCUUGCACUGGAAGCUGGGUCCCUGCCACAAGCUACUAGGCACACUCGAGCGUCUUCGCAUGAUCUUGGCUGUCCGGACCCUUGUGUCCUGUGGCCCAUCUGUCCGUGCGACCGAAUUUGCCAGUCAGUCGCUGCGUAACGUCGCUGGCGGUACCAUCCGGAACGUGAUCUUGCUCUACCAUGCGCUUUGCCUGAUAGCCGUGCUAGAGAAGAAUAGCAUGCAAUUCUCCCGCAAGCACUGUAUUCCGCACUGCCCGGUCAAAUCCGUCGCCAAAGACCUGAUCUGGAAUCUCACCAUCUUUCGCCCUCUCGAGCGCCGAUUGAUCUCGACCUUCAAAGGCCAUGCGGACGCUGAACGCUACUACACGUCCCUCUGGCCUGGCGUGCAGCGCGACUUCACCGGCGAGGAGAUUAGUAGCAGCCUUGGGGAUUGGACUGAAACUGGGCUGGGAUGCCGACUGCAGAUACUGGACUACAGGAAGGUGGUCAGCGCGUUUUGCCGCCAUAUAAUCGACCCAUUCCUUUCCAAAUCUAUUGGCGACUCUUUCUUCGAUGAGCUGCAGAACCAUUCCACGCAAAUGGGAUAUAUGCGGUACGGUGUCGACACAUCCACCUUGGCUGCGUCCGACCCACGGAAGAUCGUGGGUUGUAUCAAAGCAUGUCGUGCAUGGGGAGCUGCCACUGGGCUAGACGGUGGUGAUCCCAUCCAUCUGGCGCUGCCCUCGAACCUUGACACACAACGGGUCUUACUCCCGAACGUUGCCGGCGCAGGCACGGGCGAAUGCACCUCGAGUCUGACUGUAGCCGCCAUUAAACAGGCUGUCCUUGAAAGCCUCCACUCAACGCCACUCAUCUCGAAGGCGGAGCUAGAAGAGCCGCUCACGGAUAUCAUCUCAUCCCUCGCCGCGCUUUGGUUUCCUAAACCGCCAACUGCGCCUAUUGCAAACUCGCUUAGUCCCAUCUCAUCGGUGAUCCCCCAUCCGUCCCUUCUCACCGCAUUACGCGACUUUCGGCGGGAUCAGCAUGCCACGUGGACUUGCGCAGCGCAGGCUGAGCUACUCGAGUGCAUGCGUAUGAAAAAGCGCCACAUCCUGGCUAUAUUGUCGUGCAAUUCGGGCAAGACGACCACCAUACUAUUGCAAUCCAAAAUCUUCGACGUCGGCUGCUCCACCGUCUUCAUACUGCCUGUCAGCGGUCUGCAUCAAGACUUGCAUAGACGCGCUGAUGAAGUGGGUCUUACAGUUGGCAAAUGGAAUCCAUCCCACGCAAGUUUCAAUGGAGAUUUCGACGUUCUGUACGUGGCUGUCGAGCAGAUUACAGAUGAGUUGAUGAAGUUAGAGUCUUCGUUUGUCUCACACAACUAUUCUAAUGGUCUUCACAGCUUCUUACGCGGUCUCAUUGCCAUGCGCAAGCUCGCCAGCUUCGUCAUCGAUGAGGCGCACAUGGCGCUAACUGACGCGGGGUACCGAGAGCCCAUCCGACGGGUGAUUCGCUUUGCUCGAGAACUAAAGGUCCAAAUCACACUGCUCAGCGGUUCUAUUGGCCCCCAACAUGUAUCCCCGAUCCUCGACGCGUUUGGCCUUAGUGACGUUCAUGUCAUACGCAUGCCGUCUUGGAGACCCAAUCUGGAAUACAUCGUUUCUCUCCACCCGCCGUGCAUCAACGCAGCCGGACAUCGCGUCGACUCAUUUGUCCAGGCAGCACUCAAGUACAUCCAAUGGCGUUUACGACUGGUGGGCGGCUAUUCGUACAGGAUCAUCGUUUACUGCCGGAGCACCCACACCGCUCGGCAGUGCGCAGAGAAGCUUGGUGUACAGCCAUACUACGCUGCCAUUGACGCGGAAACUCGCCACUCCAUACUCAAGGACUGGCUCGAAGGCCGCACUCAGGUCAUUGUCUCCACCUCCAUCCUGGGUGCAGGCAUCGAUACCAUUGUCCGCGAGGUUGUCCAGCUCGAUAUCCCGCACACGAUGAUCGACGCCCAUCAACAGGCAAACCGUGCUGGGAGAGAUAAACAACCGGCGCGUGUGAUCGUCUUUGCAUCUUCAGAACGACAAGCCCCCGAUUCCGACGAACGCCAGAUUCUACUGGGUUCACAAUACCUCCUUCCGUGGCUCUAUCUACCACUCUGCCGCCGCCUGCUGCCUGCCGUAUUCCUUGAUGGCGUCGGCGUUACAUGUGGAGCAAUCCCAGGAGCACAAUUCUGCGACGUUUGCAGUACACAGUCGAUUGAACUUGCACCGCGCCAAACUCAGAUUAUGCCUGCCGCUUUGACGACCGAAGACAUCGCCAAUCUCUUUCCUAUCCAAGUCUCUUCUGCUACGCGUCAGUCUGCCCUGGCACGCUGCGACGAGGUACAUAAGCUACUGUAUCGUGACCUCGAGGGCGAGUCUGGCGUUCUGCGCCCGGUUGCGCGCCUUCCGACUAGACUAGGUCAUGCGGCUAACUCCAGAUCACCGUCGGAGGGACUGAACCCGACUCUCAACGUACCAGCGCGACACAUCCCUCCUGAAGCACAGCGUAAUUCGUUGGCGAGCCUCUCGACGCCUCAUCACCUUGUAGGCCAGACACCCGCCGGACUCACUCGCCUGGCAGGACCUCAGGGACCUCGUCUUCCGAAAGGCGCCGCGUUUGCUAUCCUGGUCCAGCAGAAGGUGCUUGAGCGAAGGGUGAAAGAACUGACAGCUUCUCUUCGAGACAUUGACACUGCGCUAUCGCGACUACGCACAAAUGUGGCCUGCGUGGCAUGCUUUGUGCGUCAACUGGCUGAAUGGAAUAUGCAUUCGCUCGACAACUGCGAGCUGCAGGUUGCGACAGCAGGGGACGAGAUGUUUCAACGAUGGAAGCGGGAGGGUUUCCGACUGACGCAAGGGUGGUCUGACGAACUAGUCCAGGGUAAGCUUGGCGAUUUCCAAACUCACGAAUGGGUCGAGACAGCGGAUGUCCCUUGUGUCAACGUCGGAAUUAUACCGGCCGCCUUAUUCACCUUCUUCUCGAGCGCACCUGGCGUGCCCUCGUUAUCCGUCUGCCCUCUCAUUCCUUUGCAUGUACGCGCAUCCAACAACCUCACUGCGAUCUCCAGCUGGGCCCUCGAAGACAUACCGGACACCCCCGAAAUCAAAUUCAAAAACUAUCUUGUGGUAUUUCAAUGGCUCAUUAAUUACUGUGCGUCACCAGAUCACUCUCUUCUUUCCCCUCCAUGUAAAAAGCCGCGUGCCACUCACCGUACCCACCACCUCCUGUUCUUCCUUCCCCCGACCUUUCUCUCAUCCACGAUGCAGACUGCCCGCGGCAACGACAACACGGAGGGCCUGGAACCGUUAGGGCAGGAUACCCGUGGUCUCGUCCAUGAUCUUGCUCUGUUCACUCCGAGCCCGCCGGUGCACUCCAUGUCUCUGGUCUCCAGUCCGUCUGCCCACCCGCCAGUGUUGACGCCCACGUAUGCCCAUGGCCGUGUCAUGGCCCCCGACCAACAACACGGCAUCCCUGGCACGCACAUCCACCACCUGCCUGUCCCCGGCGAUGCGGGAGCUGCUGCAGCAGGCCUUUGUGGUGUCCUGCCUGUGUACGUCUUGACGGCACACGGGCUGGUUCCCUUUUCGUCGUUUGGCGGGAACUUCGUGUUCUUGCCCCACCACCCCGCUAUUUCUCCUGCGUUGGCGGCGGCCACCGGUGCCCAUCCGCUGGACACUAACGCUCCUCUCACGCCCACCCUUCGCCCAGUGAGCAAUUCUGUGCCCCGCCGUCCCAUGUCGCCAAUUUUGCCUGCCUCACCAAUCUCCCCUGCCUCGUCGUCCUCCUCUGGCUCGUCAUUUUCCCCCGUAUCGUCUGUCCCUGUCACCUUUGCUCCACCUCCCACCGCCGCCAGUCAGGCGCAUAACGCCAACACAGACCCUUUCGGCGGCUCUCUCAUCGCCCCUUUGAACACACCCUUGGUCUCUCGGACUACGCACCCGCGUGCCAUCCCAGCCACCAUCUUUGCCGGAAUGCCUCCCCCUCCCGCCGACACCGCCAGUCUUCGCACUCAACUGCUCUACAAGAUGGAGCGUGUGAACUCCAUCCUGGAGUUCUUCCAGAUCGAGUCCGGACAUUGUGUCAGUUGUUUCAUCACAGGCAACAACGCGUGGGACCAACACGACUUCGACAACUGUCCCGGCGACUUGUGCAGCGUAUCGGACCGGGACUAUCGCGAUUGGAAGCAUGCAGGUUACCCGCUGCCGCAGAAAGGGUGGUGUUUCUUCUGUCUGCGUCCUGCGGGAGCACAGGGUGGGUACGACAUGCAUCGACGCAGCAAGGCCUGUAUUGGCUGUCCCUAUCCCGGCCACAUCAAGGCCCUCCUCUACAUUGUUGCCUCAGCAUCUAUAGGCAUCCCCGAUAUCGCCCGCUGCCCGUUCCUUCCCGCCUCGCUUUCUGCUGUCCCUGCGUCUCAUCGUUUCCAAUCGUUCAUCGAUUGGGCUCUAGAGUUGGUGCCCGGGAACCACCGCCUCGGCCUCAAGAACCACCUCCUGAUAUUUGAGUGGGCCGUGACCCAGCGUGCGCUGGAGUGGGAUUUGUAG